AAAAAAUCAACAAAUAUUCUCCAGUAUCUGAACACAGAGAUCAAGUAAAGGCUAGCAUCAGUAUUCAGUAGAACUCUAUCAAUUAUGGCUCAAGCGUCUCCUCAGAUCGCCAUUAUAGGUGCUGGAAUCUUCGUAAAAUCUCAAUACCUUCCCAGGCUCGCCGAGAUCUCGGAGAUCGUCGUUCUCAAAGCUAUCUGGAGCCGCUCCGAGAAAUCAUCAAGGGAGGCUGCUGAUAUUGCGCGAAAAGUAUUUCCUAAUGUGGAGUGUAAGUGGGGAGACGACGGCCUUGAUGAAAUAAUUGGCGAUUCGAACAUUGUGGGGGUUAUUGUUGCUCUUGCUGGUCAAAUUCAGGUGGAUAUGUCGCUAAAGCUUUUGAAGGAAGGAAAGCAUGUUCUUCAAGAGAAACCAGCUGCUGCUUCCAUCAGUGAGGUGGAAACUGCAUUAUCAUGCCAUACUUCUCUUUACAACAAUCCAUCUGCUCAAUCAAUAUGGGCUGUUGCAGAAAAUUACCGGUUUGAGCCUGCCUUUGUAGAGAGCAGAAAAUUGAUGCCUGAAAUUGGAGAUAUGAUGAGCGUCCAAGUAAUCGUUGAAGGGUCUAUGAACAGUUCAAAUCCUUACUUCUCAAGUUCGUGGAGGCGCAAUUUCACUGGAGGGUUCAUCCUAGAUAUGGGUGUACAUUUCAUUGCAGGGUUAAGAAUGCUUGUUGGAUGCGAGGUAGCUUCAGUUUCGGCUAUGACAUCUCAUGUGGAUAUGACCCUGCCUCCACCAGAUACCAUUUCUUCUCUAUUUCAAUUGGAGAAUGGGUGUUCAGGAGUGUUUGUAAUGUUGGUAUCAUCAAAAUCACCAAAGAUUGUGUGGAGAGUUGUUGGCUUGAGUGGGACGGUGCAAGUUGAACGAGGAAACAAAGAUGGACGACAUGGUUAUGUGGCUACUCUCUUUACUGCUAAUGGGGAAACAAAGAGCACUUUCUAUCCAUUUAGUGGGGUGACUGAAGAACUAAAGGCUUUUCUAAGUGACAUCUCAAGGGCCAGUCUUCAGAAGGGUAGUAAGAUUGAAGCCGAACCUCGCAGCUCAUUUGUCGAAGGUGCACGAGAUGUUGCAGUUCUGGAUGCAAUGCUGGAAUCCGGAAUGAAGCAAGGAGCCUUUGUGAAGGUAAAAAAGGUUUAAACCUUCACUUCGAGACUAUAAAUCUCAAAUUUGACCUCCAGGAAGCUUUACCGUAUGGUUCUCACUUCGACCCCCAUCUUUGUAUGAGAUUUACUGAGUUCAUUCGGUUAAUUAUUUUAACCUGCAAUAUUUUUUUCACAAUAUUGCAUACUUAUUGUAUGUUUAUGUACACUUUUGUAAACCUGGUUUCCAAAAAUUGUAAGGGAGAUCACUCGUAUAUUCUCAUUAAUUGACAAAAUAUUCAGCAUUGA